CAAUCGAAUGGAAAGUGACCGAAUCUUUGGACUGGUCCGUAAAUUCCGUAGUUGCUGAAGCCCAAAAUAGAUAAAGUCACUGACACACCCCGAGGCAAUUCACACGCACGCAACUCACAAGCACUUACCCCAUCCAAAGCGUGCACUUCGGUAUCCGCAAUACCCAUGAUUCGAUCACACCCCUCCAUGCAAUCGCACUUGUAAAAUCAUCGGUUCACAUGUGUACGCUGCACAGAAGCGCACCGCAGAGGACAACUAUACGGUUAAUAGUUAUUACUACAUCACAGCUUUUAAGAGUGAGGUAGAGAGCGUUGACACAGCAGAACACAACACAAACACGAACACAUUACACCAUCAUCACCAACAACACUACAUUCCUAACUCAGAUAUGGAUUCUUUUGAAGCAGAUGGAAAUGGAAAUGGGAAUGGGGAGGAGUCUUUGCCCCCUCCGCCUCCUGUUGUCCCCUCGGAUAUGGUACCUCUCAAAGCAGAGGAGGUGCUCCCAGCUCCUCCUGAACCUGUUAAGAAAAAAUUUUCCCGCCUUCCAAUAGCCAGAACUGGUCUGGGAUCAAAAGGAAUGAAGAUACCUCUUCUAACUAAUCACUUCAAAGUUAAUGUCAAUAAUAAUGAUGGAUAUUUUUUCCAUUACAGUGUGGCUUUUACUUAUGAAGAUGGACGCCCUGUGGAAGGUAAGGGUGUUGGGAGGAAGAUAAUGGACAGGGUGCAGGAGACAUAUCAUUCUGACUUGAAUGAUAAGGACUUUGCAUAUGACGGAGAGAAAAGCCUGUUUACUAUUGGCUCUCUACCUCAAAAGAAGCUUGAGUUUGAAAUUGUUUUAGAGGAUGUUACGUCUAACAGAAAUAAUGGCAGUCGUAGUCCUGAUGGUAAUGGUAAUGAGGACAAUGAGAGUGACAAAAAGAGGAUGCGACGCCCAUAUCGUGCUAAAACAUUUAGAGUGGAGAUUAGCUUUGCUGCGAAAAUUCCCAUGUCUGCCAUUGUCAAUGCAUUGCGUGGACAGGAAUCAGAUAAUUUCCAAGAAGCCGUUCGAGUUCUGGAUAUCAUAUUGAGGCAACAUGCUGCUAAGCAGGGCUGCCUACUUGUUCGCCAGUCUUUCUUCCACAAUGAUCCAAAGAAUUUUGCUGAUGUGGGGGGUGGCGUUCUAGGUUGCAGAGGAUUCCAUUCAAGUUUUAGAGCUACACAGAGCGGCCUCUCUCUUAACAUAGAUGUGUCAACUACCAUGAUAAUUCAACCUGGGCCUGUGGUGGAUUUCUUAAUUUCCAACCAAAAUGUGAGAGAUCCCUUUCAACUUGACUGGGCAAAGGCCAAAAGGACACUUAAAAACCUGAGGGUUAAAACUCAUCCAUCCAAUCAAGAGUGGAAAAUUUGUGGACUCAGCGAAGUCCCAUGCAAAGAGCUGACUUUUACUUUGAAGAAAAGAGAUGGAGAUGAUGGUACUGAAGAAAUGUCUGUUUUGGAUUAUUUUGUUAAUGUCCGGAAGAUAGAUUUGCGCUACUCUGCUGAUCUUCCUUGUAUUAAUGUUGGCAGGCCUAAACGGCCAACAUAUUUCCCCAUUGAGCUGUGCGAAUUGGUAUCGUUGCAACGAUAUACAAAAUCUCUGUCCACACUUCAAAGGGCUUCAUUAGUGGAGAAGUCCAGACAGAAGCCACAGGAGAGGAUGAAAAUAUUGACUGAUGCACUUAAAAGCAGCAACUAUGCUUCUGAACCUCUGCUUCAAAAUUGUGGAAUUUCUAUAAGCACAGGCUUUACUCAAGUGGAAGGUCGUGUUUUGCCUGCUCCUAAGUUGAAGUUUGGCAAUGGUGAAGAUUUCAAUCCGAGAAAUGGAAGAUGGAAUUUUAACAACAAGAAAUUUGUGCAGCCAACAAAGAUAGAAAGAUGGGCUGUUGCAAACUUUUCUGCACGCUGUGAUGUACGAGGACUUGUGAGGGAUAUAAUUAGAAUUGGAAAUAUGAAAGGAAUUAAUAUUGACCAACCAUUUGAUGUGUUCGAAGAAAGUCCUCAGUUUAGACGUGCCCCACCUAUGGUUAGGGUCGAGAAGAUGUUCGAGAACAUUCAAUCUAAACUUCCUGGGGCUCCUCAAUUCCUUCUCUGUUUGCUCCCUGAUCGAAAAAACUGUGAUAUUUAUGGUCCGUGGAAAAAGAAGAACCUUGCCGAUUACGGAAUUGUUAAUCAGUGCAUGUGUCCUUUAAGAGUCAAUGAUCAGUAUUUGGGCAAUAUUAUGUUGAAGAUCAAUGCCAAGCUUGGUGGGUUGAACUCAUUGUUGGGAGUUGAAAUUUCUCCUUCUCUUCCUAUUGUUUCCAAAGCACCCACCCUCAUUCUAGGAAUGGACGUGUCACAUGGCUCUCCAGGGCAGACUGAUAUUCCUUCAAUUGCCGCAGUCGUCAGCUCUAGACAGUGGCCUCUAAUAUCAAAAUAUAGGGCAUGUGUUCGCACACAGUCUGCAAAAGUUGAAAUGAUAGAUAAUUUGUUCAAGAAAGUUUCAGAAAAUGAGGAUGAAGGCAUCAUGAGGGAACUUUUGCUCGAUUUUUAUAAUAGUUCUGGGAAGAGAAAACCAGAUAAUAUAAUAAUAUUCAGGGACGGAGUUAGUGAGUCACAAUUCAAUCAAGUCUUGAAUAUCGAACUUGACCAGAUCAUUGAGGCAUGCAAAUUCUUGGAUGAAAAAUGGACCCCAAAAUUUGCUGUAAUUGUUGCUCAAAAGAACCAUCACACAAGAUUCUUCCAGCCCAAUUCUCCUGACAACGUCCCACCUGGAACUAUUAUUGACAAUAAAAUUUGCCAUCCAAGAAACUAUGAUUUUUACCUCUGUGCACAUGCUGGAAUGAUAGGCACCAGUAGGCCUACUCACUACCAUGUGCUGCUUGAUGAGAUUGGCUUCUCCCCCGAUGAACUUCAGGAACUUGUUCAUUCUCUGUCAUAUGUGUACCAGAGGAGCACCACUGCUAUUUCAGUUGUUGCACCCAUAUGCUAUGCACACUUAGCUGCAACUCAAUUGGGGCAGUUCAUGAAAUUUGAAGACAAAUCUGAGACAUCCUCAAGCCAUGGUGGGCUGAGUGCUGCAGGAGCUGUACCUGUCCCUCAGCUGCCAAAGUUGCAGGAAAACGUGUGCAACUCUAUGUUCUUCUGUUGAGGCUUAUAAGCCUGCUUCUCCGGAGACAAGUGAUGACAGUGAUGUGUAUAUAUAACUGCUCCAACCUAACUUGUGAACCUAGUUAAAUCAUGUGGUUGACUUGAUCUUGUUAGCCUUAGGCUGUUGACUUUUAUAUGUGAAAGCUUUCAGUCCAAGCUUUCAUAUAUCUCUAGCCUUUUGUGUUUUGUGGUAGGCUAAGUGUUUAUGGUGUUUUUACCUAUGAUAUAUAAUGCUAUGGCUAUAGUUAUGUGUUGUGGAUUUCAAGUUAAUGUUUGGAGUUGGAGUAGGAAUGUACAAUGUAUGUAUUGUAGUUGUUCAUUGUGGAAAAUGUCAAUCAUCUUUCCAUGGCUUGUUCAUAUGUUUUCAUUUGUGAUAAGCUACUUUAA